AUGAACAACAAGCUCCAAAUGACGUCGAUCCACUCCGCGAAGGAACAGGCCAAAUUUUUGCAAAAAGUCAGACAACUAGCCAACUGUGAUUAUGCCCAGCUAGGUAUGGCGAAUGUGCGGACGGGCUCGAAAUACCGUAGCGUUUGGAGGGACAGCUCACCCGUCGAUUACACACAUUGGCAGUACAACGAGCCUUCCUUUCGUAUCCCUCCUGAAUACACUAACAACGUGGUAGUUCCCGAAAAUUGCACGGUGGCCUGCACGCUGACCUGUACCCAAAAUAAGCUCCAACUAACGACGAUUCAUUCCGCGAAAGAGCAAGCCAAGCUUUCACAAAAAAUCGCUCAACUCGCCAAAUGCGCAAGUGUGAUGAUUGGUAUGGCCAAUGUAAUUGCAGGGACAAGAUAUCGAAACAUAUGGAGGGACGGCUCAGCGGUUGAUUAUACAUAUUGGGCCAAUGGGGAGCCCUCCUACAUCAUUCCACAUGAAUACACGGCGCAAACCGUCCCUGAGAACUGCACGGUGGCACGCAAAUGGCGAAAGAUGGCAGAUGGAACGACG